ACGCGCAAAUCGAUCGCGAAAGCCCCACAAAGGUAAACAAUAUGGCCGACAUAGGAGAUGUGUCGGUACGCGAAAGCGACACUGCUUAAUAAAUCAAUAUUUAAGCUAUGCGCGUCGUAAUGCCGUAUAGAUAUAUCAUUUAAAUGCGCGUACUGACCGAUUUCCCCGUCAGCGACAAUUUCUCCGCGCUACGAUGUCGUCGGAGAAGGUCCUGUAUCGACUAGACCAACCCCAUGGCAGCGGUAACGUCUACAUCGCUUGGCGACCCGGUAACAGCACGCAUCUGGCCACAACGGGCUACGACUCCACCGUUGCCAUUUUCGACAGGCAGGGCGACAUUCAGGAGCGGAUACCAAUCUCCGGGCUGUGCACGGGCUUCGGGUGGGACUCGGACGGGGAUCUGUUGGCAAUAAUAUCGCAGAACUCGUCGACCAUAAUUCUAUGGGACGCCACGACCGGGAAGAAGUCCCAGAUAGACGCGGGCGUGAGGGACGGGCUCACCUGCAUGAUGUGGGCGAAGAAGAGCUGUCUGCUGGCGGUGGGGACGCAGAAGGGAAAUCUGGUGCUCUACGAUCACAUAAAUGCCAAGCGGAUACCUAUUUUGGGGAAGCACAGGAAGCGCAUUCUAUGCGGCGCGUGGUCGGCGGACGGUCUUCUCGCGUUGGCGAGCGAGGACAAGGUCUUGACUAUCAGCACGAGCGAAGGAGACACCCGCCGAGAGAUAACACUUCAAGGCGAUCCGUCUCAUAUACAGUUCAGCGAGAUGAAAAUGGACCACAGACUAGGCGGUGAAAACACGGUAUCCCUCAUCGUCAGCAAGACGACGUUGUUCUUGUACAACAUUCUGGAUCCGGAAAAUCCGAUUGAAUUGGCCUUCCAGAAACGUUACGGAUUAAUCGUAACUUAUAAGUGGUACGGCGACGGUUACAUACUGGUAGGAUUCGAGGCUGGUUUCUUUAUCGCGAUAUCGACGCACAUAAAGGAGGUCGGGCAGGAAUUAUUUCAAGUCAAGAACCACAGAGACUCCCUGACGGACGUCGCGUUGAGCCAAGCGGUCGGAAAAGUGGCUACUUGCGGCGACGGUACGCUGAAAGUGCACAGUCUGCAGAAUCUCGAGGAAACCGAGACGUUGAUCACGGUGACCAACGAGAGUGGAGUCAGCAGUAUCGAAUGGUCGACGGACGGGACGAUGCUGGCGGUUGUGACUUACCUCGGCAACAUAUUAAUUUAUCUGAUAGAGAUUCCGAAAUUAACCAGCGUCUGCGGCAACAGAAUAGCGUUGCUGACGAGCCUGAUGGAAGUGACUAUACACCUCUAUACGUUGGACAAGGACAAACCGAGCCCGCAAAUAAUCAACACCAUAAUAGAACCGGCGAUAUUAGCAGUGGGUCCGGUACAUUUAGCAGUAGGACUAAACAACAGAGCGCUCUUCUGGGAUUUGUCUACGAGCCAUUACGACACUAUACAUUUCGAGAGGGAUUAUUUGGCUACGAUAGACAGUAUACGCUUGAAUGAGACGUAUGUGUCGGCGCUAUUUGACGGGAAACUGCAGUUACACUCGAUCAAAUCCGAGCAGGCUCUGAUAAACAGCGGGAAGGACACGAAGAUGUUUCCAGAGUCCAAUUCUUCACACAGUAGAAUCACGUGUCACGCUCUUUGCUCCGACUUCCUGGUUUGUGGUAAUGACAUGGGUUACAUUACGUAUUUUUGCUUGGAGACAUUUCAUCAGUGUACCGAAUUUUCACAUAACAAUGGGAUAAAGGAAUUAUACUUGGACGCGAAUGGAGCGCAAUUGUGCUUCGUUGACAGUAAGUCGGACGUUUACGUGUUUGAUCCGAUAAACGAAGCGGCCAUUGCCGUGCCUGAUUGUCCUGAUAACAUUGACGGUAUUCUCUGGGAUCAGAACAUAUUUGAACGUGCUACAUUUGCAGUGUACAAUAAAAGCGUUAUUGUAACAUACAUCUUUGUAAAAUACUUCGUUGAAGGUACCAAAGUAAUAAAAAUAAGUACAACCAAGUUGCCAUCGGACUCAGUGCCUUUACUAAUGUACUCUGGCGAAGUAACGCUGAGCACAAUGGGUAGUAAAAUAAUACAAUUAACACUAACGUCCCACGAAGAAGUAGGGAACAUCGUGGAAUCGAAAAAAAUCCGUGAGAUUUUGGAUAAUCAGAUUUUGUGCAGACGGUUCCAACAAGCAUGGAGUAGCUGCGAAAAAUUGAACAACAGGGAUGCAUGGCUGAAGCUGGGACAAAGCGCCAUUGCAAAUUUAAACGUCGAGUUUGCUAUUCGCGUUUAUCGACAAAUGGAGGAUGCCGCAAUGGUGUGGACGUUACAGAAUAUGGAAAAUAUAGAUGAACUGGCUUUGUUGUGCGGCCACGCGUGUAUAUUACUAGGAAAUUACAACGAAGCCGAAAAGUAUUUUCUGCAAUCUUCCGAGCCCGUGCAGGCCUUGUAUCUGAGGAGAGAUUUAAUGCAGUGGGAACAAGCGUUGAGUUUGGCGCAAAAGUUAAAACCCGACGAGAUCCCUUUCAUCGCCAGAGAGUACGCCCAACAAUUGGAGUUCACGGGAAACUAUCCAAAAGCCUUAACAAAUUACGAACGCGGUCUAGUUGAUUACAAUACGUCCGCUUUGGCUACGCAGAAUCCUCACCAUCGAACGCAAUGUUUAGCAGGAAUAGCGAGAAUGUCUAUAAGAUGCGGCGACAGCAGAAAAGGCGUCGGGAUAGCCAUGGAUAACGACAGUCCGAGGCUAUUACGGAAAGAAUGCGCGGAGAUUUUAGAAUCGAUGAAGCAAUUUAGCGAAGCUGCGCAGUUAUACGAAAAGGCCGAGUAUUUCGACAAGGCAGCGUCGGCGUACAUAAAAUUGAAAAAUUGGCACAAAGUGGGGCAGCUUCUACCGCAAAUAUCGUCUGCGAAAAUUAACAUACAGUAUGCUAAAGCCAAAGAGUCCGAGGGUAAAUAUGAGGAAGCUGCCAAAGCGUAUGAAACCGCCAAGGAUUACGAUAACAUAAUCAGAAUUAAUCUGGACCAUUUAAAUAAUCCCGCUCGUAGCGUGGAAAUUGUUCAACAAACUAAAAGCAUAGAAGGUGCAAAAAUGGUUGCAAAAUAUUUCCAGAAGAUGAAUGACUAUAAUUCGGCUAUCAAAUUUCUGAUUCUAUCAAAUUGCCACGACGAGGCCUUUCAAUUGGCCAAUCAGCACGGCAAAAUGGAACUGUACGGGGAAAUCUUGGUGAACACAAUCGACGACACCAAUGUCCGUAGGGAAGAUUUCAGAAGUCUCGCGAUGCACUUUGAAUCUCAGAAAAACAAUCUCUUAGCUGGAAAAUACUAUUUCCACGCUAAGGAAUAUCAGAAGGCUCUACGACAUUUGUUGAAAGCUGUGCAACUGGUCCCGGACGACGAUAGAGCGAUUACCUACGCCAUAGAUGCCGUCGCAUCUUCCAAGGAUGACAAAUUAGCUAAUCAAUUGAUAGAUUUCUUAUUAGGCAGCGAUGGCUUACCGAAGGAUCCGAAAUAUCUGUUCCGAUUGUACAUGGCUAGGAAGCAGUACAAGGAAGCGGCUAAGACGGCGAUCAUAAUUGCAAACGAGGAGCAAGUUAAUGGAAACUACAGAAACGCUCACGACGUCCUGUUCGGUAUGUACCAAGAACUCAAGAGAAAUAAGAUCACCAUACCGUUGGAGAUGCAGACCAAUUUGAGACUCCUGCAUUCCUACAUCUUGGUGAGGCUGCACGUGAAGAGAAGCGAUCAUUUACGAGGCGCCCGGAUGCUUAUAAGGGUAGCCAACAGCAUAUCGAAAUUUCCCUCACAUAUCGUGCCGAUAUUAACUUCGACCGUAAUAGAAUGCCAUAGGGCGGGCCUGAAGAACGCGGCAUUCAAUUUCGCCGCAAUGCUGAUGCGCCCCGAGUAUCGGGGACAGGUCGACGCCAAGUACAGCAAGAAGAUCGAGGCGAUCGUGCGGAAACCACCGAGAACGAAGGACAUCGAGAACGAGGACGAGCCUCUCACCCCGUGCCCGUACUGCAAGAGCAGAGUCCCCGAGACUGAAGUGACCUGUGAUAAGUGUAAAAACACCAUACCCUUUUGCAUCGCGACGGGACGACAUAUCGUGGAGGACGAGUUCACAGUGUGCCCCCAGUGCGACUUCCCGGCCAUCAGAAGUGAAUUUCUAAGAAUCGUGGAGUCUGAGGAGACCUGUCCGAUGUGCUCGGAGAGAGUCAAUCCAGAGACCGUGUCGUCCAUCACCGACAUCCGUCCGUACCUCGACUAUCAGGAGGAGAAGGCAAUUAUAAAGGCCUGAGAGAUUAUGAACAAUUUAAACGUGUCACGUGUUUGUUAAUGUAGGUGUAGCGAGGACUCCUUAGGGAUACAGAUAUCUGUGCUGCACGAAUCAGAGGUGCCUUGUUACUUAUCGCGAGCCCCGGGCGAACGAGGUAGCGCCGGUGCCUUUAACUUCAAACGAUAGCGAUAGUAAAUAGGAUAUUACGAUUGACUCGGGAGCGACAAAGCGUCAGUAUUUCUCGAUGCAACAGUGCCGUCCAUUUCAAGUACAAUUUAUCUAAGUACAAGUAGAUUAUGUUUACAGAUAUAUAUAUAAUGGGUGCGUUCGGGAGCUCACUAUCAGUGCCACUUACAAUUAGCGCUGAAGACCUUAUUCUAUCUUUGCUGCUAAUUAUGCGUCGAAGAAAGAUUUAACGAUGCUUUCAGCGCUAAGUGGUGCCGAUAGUGAGCUGCCGAACGCAGCCUAUAUGUAUAAAAAGAUUCAGUGUCAUUUGCUACGCGAGGUGCGUUUUAUUAUGUAGACGAUUGCCAUAUAUGUGAAAUAAAACGAUUGAUUCGGACGCAUGGUAUGUGCAACAAAUCUGCAUAACAAAA